CAGACUUAAUAGCAAGUUAAGUUAUUUUUUGCUUUGGUAAUAAAAUAAGUUAAGAAUAUUUUGCCUAAAAAUAGCUAUUUUUAGCUAAAUAAUAAAAAUCACAAUAUUUUGUCAGUGGAUAUAUUAUUACUUACUGUGAAUUAAAAACACCCAGUUCAUACUAUGGAUCCUAAAAUGUUGGAAUACUUGAGAUCAAUGCCAGAGUCCGAGUCGGCCAACGACUACGGAGAAGAGCCCACCGAACAGGACAUGACUGCAGUGAUCGGUGAAGCACUCGGAUCAGUAGCGACCCUAAUGCGAGCGGCAACCGCACAAUACAUACCGCAAGGGCUGACAGUGCCCGCACUUAUGUACGCCGACAUCAUUGCAUUUGUGACCGAAAAACUACCAUGGUGCGCUGAACAGCUCCGGGCAAUACCCGAUCAACCUGUAGACAUUAGACACGCGCAGAUGUCAAUGUUUGUCGGCGAGAUUAACGGCAUGAAUAUUAAGGCCAAACGGGUGGCAGCCCUGAGAGCCGGUCGGGACUUCAAGAUCACGGGCUCUGAGGCCGAACUGAUGGCCAAAUAUAAACAGUUGGAGAAAAAGAUAUUGUAUAUGUUAGAUCACGUGAUCAAAGUGGCCAGACAUCCCUUCUGGAGUGUAUUCCACGUACAAAUCAAAGAGUUUUGGCUGAAGGAGUUCCCGAAACUGGAGGCGGCUCUCAAUAAAUUGCCUGCCGGUGAUGUCAAGCUGAGAAACAUUCAGCUAGUAAUCAUGGAUUUGACCCAUAUCUUGUUGCCACCCCUGUAAUUGGUUUGCAAAUUGCAAUACAUGUGCCACAAUCAUUUUAUAUUUACUAUUAGUAUUACUACAUAUUGUAU